CGGUGGAAUUUCCGUCAGUGGGCCCCACUUUUUUUAUUUUUUUCCUUUUUUUUCUUCUAUUUUCUGGCUUUCUCACUCUCUCUCCCCGAUUUUUCACUUUUUUUUUUUUCUUUCUUUUGUGCUUGUUAGCAUUACAAAGCACACGGUCAUGGAGACAUAACCAGAGGAAGGUGCAGAUUCUUUGUGAAACUGGUGCUUUCCAAGCUAAUCCCCAUUUGGGGUUAGUAGGAACAUUGUCAUGGUCUUGCAUUAUUUGAUACACAUAUUUUGUUGAGAAGCCGCCCGAUUUUGGACCUCUCCAAUAAUGCACAUCACAAGCAUCAGGGUCUUCAGCUAGGCUAUGGGAGGCUAUACACUUCAAUUCAUAUUCUGGCAGAAGAUGAGCAAAGCAAUCCCAUUUCCAGCCCACCCCUUUAUCCCAUAACUCACCUACUGUAGCUCCCUCUAUGGCAGCAGGUAUAGCAGCAGUGCAAGCUUCACGCAAAGGAGUUGAAGUGGCCCAGCAAUGGUCCCAGAAGAGAGUAGCCACCUCACCUCGCCACCAUGACUGCAAUCACCGUUAGCCGCCGAAUUAACCACCAGUACCUCAAAAUUACACCAUAACAACCACCAAUUCACACCAUAACAGCCACCAAUUUGUGAACCAACACCUCCAAUUUGCACCACCAUCACCUCCAAUUCAAACCCCAGCACCUUCAAUUCGCACCACCAGCACCUCCAAUUCGCCGCUCCAUCACACCACCACCACUAAAAUUACCCCUACAACACGCACCAGCAAAACCUACCUGAAACAUCCCUACAAUGGCCACAAAACCUACCUGAAACAACCCAAAAACCAACCGUUUUAUGGGUUGUUUAAAAACCCUAAGCGAGUUUUGUUUUUCGGGUUGUUUUAAAUUAGGUGAGUUUUAGGGUUUUGGGGGGCAGCGAAAAAGGGGAUGGUGGUUGUUUCAGGAAGGGAGGAGGCCGACGAACAAGGGAGUUGUUUUUGGCGAAUAAUGGUGGUUGUUUUGGUGGGCAGCUGCUACUUUGCACUUUGUGCAGUGGUUUUGCAGCUGUUGGAGCUGAGAUCGAAGGAGGGAAAGGGAGGACGAUAUCGGACGGUGCUGCAAGACCACCCUUUGAAAAGGAGCUUAAUAGAAUACGACCCUUAGUUGUUGUUGCGGGUUGUUGGCAGGCGCGACGGGGGAAGAGGAGGGGAAAGGUGGAGCAAUGGUGGUGGUGGUGGUGGUUGGGAAAAGAAAGAAAGAAGGUAGGAAGAAGAAGAGUGAAAAAUCGGGGAGAGAGAGUGAGAAAGCCAGAAAAUAGAAGAAAAAAAAGGAAAAAAAUAAAAAAAGUGGGGCCCACUAACGGAAAUUCCACCGGAAAAACAAAAUGGGUGGUAAUCUGAGCGUUUUUUUAAUUUAAUGGGUGGUAAUUUAAAAUAAAGUUUUUACUGGGUGGUAAUUUCAAAACUGGACCUCUUUUUGGGUGGUAAUUUACAAAUAAGCCUAAAUUAAAUAACUCAUAAAUGACACGAGGCAUCAACGGAAGAUUUAAAUGUCAUGUUAAGAUGGUAGGAAAUGCAGUUGCUAGAUGGAAAAUGCAUUUAUGCAUGAAACCACAUUACCCAAAGUUGUAAAAGUAGCAGUUUGUUCCAAACUAAUAAGAGAUAGCAGCUACGGAGCUACCACAGUUGGUUGUAGUCUUGUAGAGAAGGCGAGAAGCAAAGGAUGUUCGAAACUAAUACACGCUUCUAACAAAGGGGAUGACAACACGUCGAUGCCACUGCCGCUGCCUAGCACAUCAUGUUGAUGCUGCCGCUGCCACUGCCAACAUUAGCUGCCAGGCAGCAGCGGCAGCGGCAGCAUCAACAUUAUACAUAUUAUUGUUGUUUUUUUGCAUAUACACACGUGGCUCACACGAGAAUCACUCUUUUUAGAUUAAAUUAGAGAUAACUUUAAGUUAAGAGUAAUGUGGCCACGUUUUCCUCGAGGGCAGUACAUCAUUUCAUCAACCAGAAAACAUAGCCAUUUCAUAUUAUCAUCAGAAUAACAGAAUCAGAAAUUUGAUAACAAAAUAUGGACCAACAUUCACUUGCACCACAUGUACUAAUCUUUCCAUUUCCUGCACAAGGUCAUGUAACCCCUAUGCUAAAUUUAGCUGAACUAUUAUGUCUAGCAAAUGUAAAGAUAACCUUCCUAAAUACAAUCCAUAACCAGCAAUGCCUUACCAAGCACACUGACAUCGAAGCUCGUUUAGCUCGCUAUCCCGGGUUCAGGUUCAAGACAAUAUCCGAUGGCCAUCCUGAUGACCAUCCACGAUUGGGUGGUGAUUGGUUGCGAGAAAUGCUACAAACAUUGCCAUCAAGUGCUAAACCCCAACUGAGGGAAAUAUUGGUUAAUGCAACAGGAAUAGAUAAGGUUACUUGUUUUUUAUUGGAUGGGUGGAUGAGCUUUGCUAGAGAUUUAGCAAAGGAAGCAAAGGUACCAGUUAUUGCAGUUAGGUUUGGAAGUGCAUGCUUCACUUGGUCUAUUAAAUGUACUUCAGAGCUCAUUGAAGCAGGGGAAAUACCCUUCAAAGAUGAUAAAAUGGAUCAGCUAGUAAAGAAUGCACCUGGGAUUGACAGCUUCUUUCGCUAUCGUGACCUUCCUGGCUACUCCCGAAACCUAGACACAUCUUCUUGUCAAUAUAUCCAAGACAUGUCCACUAGUGAGGUACAAGCAAUUGAGGAAGCACAGUCCGUCGUAAUUAACACAUUUGAGGAAUUGGAAGGCCCUUUUCUUUCUCUCAUCCGUUCGCAUUGCUCAAGGGUCUACACCAUAGGACCACUUCAUGCUCACCUAAAUUACAGACUCAGUCCAAAAGAAACAACAUUGUCCAAGAACUCCUCUAGUAACCUGUGGGAAAUUGAUCGAAGUUGCAUAUCGUGGUUAGACCAAAAGCCGGACAAAUCUGUUGUCUAUGUAAGUUUUGGUAGCUCAACUAUGCUCACAAAAGAUCAGCUGAUAGAACUUCGGGCUGGACUAGUCCAGAGUAAGAAGUACUUUCUUUGGGUUGUAAGUCCCAAUCUCAUAACAAAAUGCGACAUAAAUAGUCCAAUUCAAGAUGACCUCUUGGAGGGGAUCAAGGAAAGAGGAUACAUGGUAGGUUGGGCACCACAGGAAGAAGUUUUGGCUCAUCGAGCCAUUGGUGGAUUCAUGACACAUAGUGGAUGGAACUCGACACUAGAGAGCAUUGUAGCUGGUGUACCAAUGCUUUGUUGGCCUUACUUUGGUGAUCAACAAGUGAACAGCAGAUUUGUAAGUGAAGUCUCGAGGAUUGGCCUAGAUAUGAAGGAUUCAUGUAAUCGAACUAUAGUAAAGAACAUGAUCAAUGAUCUUAUGGAAAGGAAGAAGGACGAGCUACAAGGGUCAAUGAGUAAAACGUCGAACUUAGCAAAGAAGAGCAUCAGUGAAGGCGGAUCAUCUUAUUCAAAUCUUAACCAUCUAAUCGAGGAAAUAAAAGGGAUGAUCAAGAAAGAGGAACACUAAUUAUAUUUCGUUCUUCUAAUGAAGGUAGAGAGGUUACUAGCUGUAAAUCGUUAUAUUUUGGUUUACUAAUUCGUUCAUUUGAUGAAAUUGUUUGGUUUAAGUCCAUUCAACUCUAACUUAACACUCAGUUUUUGAGGAAUCCGUUUAACCAAAUAAAAUCAUAAAGCAUAAUGUAACUUGAUGAAA